GAGGAGAAAAGCAAGCAGUACGCGUUUAGAUCGUGAAUCCAAGAUGAGAAGGUUAAACGUUGUGCGUUUAAGCUUUUAAAAGGUACAUACAUUGUUGAAUUGUUUGCUGGUAAAUCGCACUGAGCAGUUUAUUGAAGCUGCCGCCCGGGUUUGGAAAAUAAUUGAACGCGGAAAAUGGCGAAUCCGGCGUUCGACAACGCCAUUGCGUUCAGUCGGGUUGCCUUCAUGAUUCUGGGGUACGUAACGGGAUUGAUUCUUGGGCAGAUUCGGUACUCCAUUCCGGAGGAAAUGAAAAUAGGGUCGUUUAUUGGGAAUAUCGCCGAAGAUUUGAGACUGAAUUUCCCGCAAUUGUCGGCUCGUGAAUUGCGUCUAACCUCCGAUGAUGGCGAACAAUAUCUGAACGUUAACGUGGAGAAUGGGAUUUUGUCUGUUCGUGAACAAAUCGACAGGGAGCAUAUUUGUGGAGAAGCAACCGUGUGUAAUAUACCUUUUGAAAUCAUACUGGAAAACCCUGUGGUGGUGUAUCGCGGGGUUGUGGAAAUUGUUGACGUGAAUGACAAUUCCCCCACGUUUCGGAACACCAGCUUUGUCUUACAAAUAUCCGAGGCGAUGACGCCUGGUUUACGCAUCCGCCUCGAAAAUGCCCAGGAUCCCGAUAUUGGUAUAAAUACCGUGGCUGCUUACACAAUCAGUUCCAAUGAAUACUUUAGCCUAAAUGCGCAGAAAACUGAGUAUGGUGUUGUAAAUGCAGAGCUACAGUUAGAGAAACCAUUGGACAGAGAGCUGCAGUCAGCCUUUCAGCUUGUUCUCACUGCGAACGACGGCGGAAACCCUCAGCGAUCCGGCACAACUCAAAUUCUCAUCACUGUGGUGGACGUGAACGACAAUCCACCUGUAUUCUAUCAUCAAAUUUAUAAAGCUAGAUUGAGAGAAGACGCACCCCAAGGUACCUUGGUGGUGAAAGUCAAAGCAAGUGACUUGGAUGAAGGAUUAAAUGCUGAGCUAACCUAUUCUUUCAGCAGCCUAGUUUCACCGAGAUUUCUCCGAUUGUUCAGUUUGAACCCUUACACCGGGGAGAUUCGUGUUGAAGGAGAGUUAGAUUAUGAACAAGCAAACAGCUAUUCUCUGAAUAUUCAAGCUGAGGAUCACGGAUCACCUGCAGUUAUUGGGCACUCCAAGGUCUUACUCGAGGUAAUUGAUAUAAACGACAAUGCACCAGAGAUAAAAGUGAAAUCAUUUAAGAAUAAAAUUCCGGAAAAUGUUCCACCGGGAACGAUGAUAACAUUGAUUAACGUCAUUGAUCGCGACUCUGGUGAAAACGGACAGUUUCUAUGUGAUAUUCCGAAAAAUACACCUUUUAGUCUUCGAACGUCAUCGAAAAAUCAUUACGAGUUGAUUACCAGUGAGCCGCUGGACCGUGAAGCUGUCUCUGAGUAUAACAUAAAUAUUGUAGCUCGGGACUUUGGGUUGCCUUCACUGUCAAGAAUAAAUAAAACCAUCCAGAUUGCAAUAUCUGAUGUAAACGACAAUGCCCCACGGUUUAGUGACUUAUCCUACAACGCAUAUGUUAUGGAGAAUAACGCUCCGGGUACCUCUACUUUCGCAGUAACUGCAACAGAUCCAGAUUUGUACCAGAAUUCUUAUGUUACGUACACCUUUCAGGAGGACCUAAUCCAGAAGUUACCAGUGUCCAGUUACCUCAGCAUUAACUCAAUUAACGGCACAAUUUACGCGUUGCGUUCCUUUGAUUAUGAGAAACUCAAGAGCUUCCAGAUCCAUGUACAAGCCCGUGACGCCGGGGCGCCUCCGCUAAGCAGCAGCGCCACGGUGAAUGUGAUCAUCCUGGAUCAAAAUGACAACGCGCCGGUAAUUGUUUCACCUUCAGAAAAGAGUAGAUCAGCAGCAACGGAGAUCGUGCCCCACUCAGCGGGUCAAGGGCACUUGGUCACCAAGAUAAUGGCAACGGAUGCAGAUACUGGUCAGAAUGCACGGCUCUUUUAUCAGAUAGUGAAAUCUACCGAUCCCACUUUGUUCACGGUUGGGCAAAAUUCCGGUGAAAUUAGAACAGCGCGCAGUAUUUCUCAGUCGGAUGCUAUUACACAAACGCUGUUAAUCUUGGUUAAAGACAAUGGGCAGCCAACUCUCUCCAGCACAACAACAAUGCACAUUACUGUUUUGGAGAACAUCACUGAAAACGUUUCUGAAAAUGAUCAGUUAUUGAGAAGCUCAGUUAAUUUCUCCGACUUAAAUAUGUAUUUGAUCAUCAUGUUCGGUUGCACUUCCGCUCUCUUUCUAAUGAUUAUCAUUAUGCUCAUUGGCAUUAAAUGCAAGCAGAGCAUGAGUAUCACCCGGGAAUAUAAUUCAAGACGUUUUUGUUACAAUGGCGGGAGUUCUCGCGACACCGUUACUCGAAGAUCUGAAAUGGAAGAAACGUUACGGUAUCCUGGGACUAGCCGGAUGGUCCGCGUGCCGGAAGCCAACCAUUACUCAGUUUGUUUGUCUCCUGAAUCAGCGAAGAGCGGUUUUCUCUUUUUAAAGCCAUGCAGCGCUCCGAUAGCUCAGAACAGAAUUCAUCGCGGAAUAAUGGCGAAUCUGGCGCUCGGCAGCGCCAUUACGUUCAGUAGGUUUGCUUUCUUUAUUUUGGGAUGUACCACUGGUCUUAAUUUCGGACAAAUUCGCUAUUCUAUUCCAGAGGAAAUGAAGAUAGGUGCUUUUGUUGGGAAAAUCGCUGAAGAUUUGAGAUUGAAUAUAUUGCAAUUGUCGGCUCGUAAAUUGCGACUAACCUCCGAUGAUGGCGGACAUUAUCUGAAGGUUAAUUUGGAGAACGGGAUUUUGUCUGUUCGUGAAAGAAUCGACAGGGAGCUUCUUUGUGACCAAAAACCUGUGUGCACUAUACCUUUUCAACUAAUACUGGAAGCACCUAUGGUGGUGUAUCGUGGGGAAGUGGAGAUUCUUGAUGUAAAUGACAAUCCCCCCACAUUCCAGGAUAGCAGCAUUGCCUUGCAGAUAUCCGAAGCGAUUGCACCUGGUGCGUGCUUUCCCCUCAAGAGCGCUAAUGAUCCAGAUAUUGGACUAAAUACUGUCGUUUCUUACACGAUCAGUUCCAACGAAUAUUUUAUUCUAAAAUCGCAGAGAAUUGCUCCCGGUGUGGUAAAUGCCGAGUUACAGUUAGAUAAACCAUUGGACAGGGAGCUGCAGGUAGACUUGCAUCUAGUACUGACGGCGAUUGAUGGCGGGACACCUGAGAGAUCUGGCACAACUCAGAUUCUCAUUACUGUAGGGGACGUGAACGAUAACCCACCAGUAUUUCAGCAUGAAAUUAACAAGGUCAGCGUAAGAGAAAACGCACCCCAAGGUACCGUGGUACUGAAAAUCAGAGCAAGUGAUUUGGACGAAGGUUUGAAUGCUGAAUUAACAUAUUCUUUCAGCAACGUUGCUUCAGCAAGAGAUCUCAAAUCGUUUCGUUUGGAUCCUUAUACAGGGGAGAUUAGGGUUCAUGGAGGAAUAGAUUUUGAAGAAUCAAACAGUUAUUCUCUGAAUUUGCAAGCUGUGGACCACGGAUCACCUGCAAUCAGCGGGCACGCUCAAGUCUUGAUCGAUAUAAUUGAUGAAAACGACAAUGCACCCGAGAUAAAAGUGACACCUGUUGUGAGGAAUGUCCCAGAAAAUGCUCCACCGGGAACUUUAGUAACUUUGAUCAAUGUUAUUGAUCGCGACUCUGGAGAAAACGGCCAAUUUCAAUGUAACAUCGCGACAAAUCUUCCCUUUAGACUUCGAACGUCAUCGAAAAAUCAUUAUGAGUUGAUAACAAGUGAACCGUUGGAUCGUGAAGCUGUCGCUGAGUAUAAAGUACGUUUUAUUGCUCAGGAUUUUGGGUCGCCUUCUCUAUCAAGAAAUAAAACCAUCCAGAUUACAAUAUCUGAUGUAAACGACAACGCCCCGCGUUUUGCUGAACUAUCCUACAACUUAUACGUGAUGGAGAAUAACGCUCCGGGUGCUUCUAUUUUCGCAAUAACUGCAACGGAUCCAGAUCUGGACCAGAAUUCUUAUGUUUCAUACUCCUUGCAGGACGAUAUUAUACUGGACUUGCCUGUGUCCACUUACCUCAGCAUUAACUCAAUUAACGGCACCAUUUACGGGCUGCGCUCUUUUGACUAUGAAAAACGUAAAAACUUCCAGAUCCGUGUACAAGCCCGUGACGCCGGGAUGCCUCCAUUAAGCAGCAGCGCCACGGUGAAUGUGAUCAUUCUGGAUCAAAAUGACAACCCUCCGGUAAUUGCUUCUGAACAGAGUGGAUCAGCAGUAGCGGAGAUCGUGCCCCAGUCAGCUGGCCAAGGGUACCUGGUCACCAAGAUAAUGGCAACCGAUGCAGAUUCUGGUCAGAACGCUCGGCUCUUUUAUCAGAUGGUGAAAUCGACUACUCCCAAUUUGUUCAAUGUUGGGCGAAACUCCGGUGAAAUCAGAAUUGCGCGCAAUAUGUUGCAGUCCGACACCAUUGCUCAAACGCUCGUUAUCUUGGUUAAAGAUAACGGGCAGCCAAGCCUAUCAAGCACGGCUACAAUUUACAUUACAGUUUUGGAGAACAUCACUGAAAAUGUGUUUGGAAGUGACAGCUUAUUAAGAAGAUCAGAUCAGUUCACUGACUUAAAUAUGUAUUUAAUUAUUAUUUUCGGUUGUACUACCGCUCUCUUUCUAGUAAUGAUCAUUCUGCUCAUUGUCAUUAAAUGUAAACAGAACAUGAGUAUCCCCCAAGAAUAUAAUUCAAGACGCUUUUGUUACAACCGUGGAGAAUCGCACGAUACAUUUCACAGAACCCCUGUCAUGGAUGAAACGUUGCGCUAUCCUACGACUGGUCGAGUGGUCCGCGUGCCUGAGGCGAACACUUAUUCGGUUUGUCUGUCUCCAGAGUCGGCCAAGAGCGAUUUUCUCUUUAUGAAGCCCUACAGCAGUCCCACGUCUCAGGCCCAAUGCAUACUGAGAAAUCCUCCAGAGCAUCGCGAUGUACCGGCAGUAAAGAAACUAUUUCAAAAUGUAUUUGAUAAUCCCCGGGUGCCCUCAUAUUCUUACAUCAAUUGCGUUGGUGACAGUCCGCAUCAACAGACCACACCAGAAAAACAGGAGCAAUGUACGUUCCGAUUCAAGCCAAGAAGAAUUAACUUCAUGUUUUUUAUGAAUUCGCGAUGUAGAUUUUGCUCCAGUGAUUUCGUGGUAAGAGCUGUUUUAAGGUCUAAUCGAGCAGAGGCCUGCUUUUGGAAAAUAAUUCAGCGCGGAACAAUGGCGAAUUCGGAUAUCAGCAACGCCAUUGCUUUCAAAACGUUUACUUUCGUGAUGCUGGUGUGUGCACCCAGUCUGAUUUUCGGGCAAAUUCGCUAUUCUAUUCCCGAGGAAAUUAACGAAGGCGCAUUUGUCGGGAAUAUCGCCCAAGAUUUGGGAUUGAAUGUACAACAAUUGUCCGCACGCCAUUUUCGGCUAACCUCUGUUGACGGAGCGCAAUACAUAAAGGUAAAUUUAGAUAAUGCGAUAUUGUCUAUUCAUGAAAUCAUCGACAGGGAGCAUAUUUGCGGACAAGCAACUGUAUGUACCAUUCAUUUUAAAAUCAUACUGGAAAAACCUUUGGCAAUAUAUCGCGCGGAAGUGGAGAUUCUGGACGUAAAUGAUAAUUCUCCCACUUUUCCGGAGAGCAGCAUUAUGCUGCAGAUGUCUGAAGCGAUUGCACCAGGCGUCCACUUCCCCCUGGACAAUGCGCAAGAUCCGGACGUUGGCAUAAAUACGAUCGCUGCUUACACACUCAGCUCAAAUGAAUAUUUUAGUUUAAAAAGUCAGCGAACGGAGGAUGGUAUUCUAAUUGCCAAGUUACAACUGAAAAAACCUUUGGAUCGGGAAUUGCACUCGUCUUUUCAGCUGACGCUCACAGCGACUGAUGGUGGAAAGCCUCAGAGAUCCGGCACAGCACAGAUUUUAAUUACCGUAAUGGACAUCAAUGAUAAUCCCCCUAUAUUCGAUCACGAAAUUUAUAGAGUCAGUUUAAAUGAAGAUACACCUCCUGGUACCUUAAUGAUGAAAGUUAAAGCCACUGACUUGGACGAAGGGUUGAAUGCUGAUCUAACAUAUUCUUUCAACAAAUUAACAUCACCAAGAAUUCGCGAAAUGUUUAGUUUGGACCCCGACAUCGGGGAGAUUCGAACUAAAAGAGAGCUGGAUUUUGAAGAAGCAAGCAGUUAUUCCAUUGACAUUCAAGCCAUGGAUCACGGUUCUCCUACAAUUACCGGGCACUGCAAGUUAUUGAUCAAGGUAAUUGAUGUAAAUGACCACGCACCCGAGAUAAAAGUGACAUCAAACACGAACAACGUUCCGGAAAACGCACAGGUGGGAACGUUAAUAAUUUUAAUUAAUGUUAUUGAUCAGGAUUCUGAUGAAAACGGAGAGGUGCGCUGUGAGAUACCAAGUAACAUCCCAUUCACUCUUCAAAUGUCGUCGGAGAAUCAUUUCGAGUUGAUUACUAGUGAACCAUUGGACCGUGAAUCUGUUCCCGAAUAUAAAAUACACUUUGUAGCUUGGGACCUCGGGUCACCCUCACUGUCAAGCAAUAAAACCAUACAUGUCUUAAUUUCUGAUAUAAAUGAUAACGCACCGCGUUUUUCCGAAACCUCAUACAGCAUAUAUGUGAUGGAAAACAACGCUCCAGGGGUAUCUAUUUUUGCCGUGACUGCUUCGGAUCCUGACCUGGAUCAGAAUUCCUAUGUUUCUUACUCCUUCCUGCAAAAUUUUGUCCAAGAAUUCCCAGUGCCCAGCUACCUAGACAUCAAUUCGAUGACUGGCACAAUUUACACACUGCGCUCUUUUGACUAUGAGAAACUCAAAAAUGUGAAGAUUUAUGUUCAAGCCCGUGACGCUGGUGUACCUCCGCAAAGCAGCAGUGUUGCAGUGAAUGUGAUCAUUCUGGAUCAAAAUGACAACGUUCCAGUAAUAAUUUCACCUUCAGCGCAGAAUUCGUCAGCAUUACUGGAGAUCCUGCCACGGUCAGCGACCCAAGGGUACUUGGUCACGAAGAUAAUGGCAACUGAUGCCGAUUCCGGUCAGAACGCACGGCUGUUUUAUCAGAUGCAGAGUUCAAGUGAUCCCAGUUUAUUUAAUGUCGGUAAAAUCUCAGGUGAAAUCAGAACAGCGCGACGCAUCAUCCAGUCCGACAUCACAACACAAACUCUCAGCAUCGUGGCGAAGGACAAUGGGCAGCCGAGUCUCUCCAGCAGGGUAACAAUCCAAAUUGCAAUUCUUGCGAAUAUCACUGAGAGAAUGACCGAAAGUAAUAAGUUGGAAUCUAAUCGCCAACAUUACGCGGACCUGCAUCUUUACUUUAUCGUUAUUUUCGGCUGCACUUCCGUUCUCUUUCUUGUAAUCAUAAUUCUACUGAUUAGCAUCAAAUGCAAACAGGAUAGAAAUGUUAUCCAAGAGUAUAAUUCGCCCAGUUAUUGUCACAAACUUGGAGAUUCAAAUUAUACGUUCAAUCCAAGACCUGCAAUGGAGGAAACUUUACGCUAUCCUGGGACUGGCCGGAUGGUGCAAGGGCCACAAGUGCAGAGCUAUUCGGUCUGUCUUUCUCCGGAGUCAGCAAAAAGCGAUUUUCUUUAUUUGAAGCCAUGCGUCGCUCCCACAUCUCAACCCACGAAACACCUGAAGAAACACAACAUUGAAAAAUGGCACCCAGGUCCGACAGCUGGGUUUGAUGCCAAGGGCAUUGUAAAUGUGUAUUGUCCAGUUGGAGGAACAAUGGCGAAUUCGGCGAUCAACAACGUCGCUGGCUUCAUAAUUCUGGUAUGUACGACGGGACUGAUUUCUGGACAAAUUCGCUAUUCUGUUUAUGAGGAAAUGGAGGAAGGGGCUUUGGUCGGGAAUAUCGCUCAAGAUUUGGGACUGGCUAUACCGCAAUUGUCUGCUCGUAAAUUUCGGCUGAUUUCUGAUGGCGGAGGACAGUAUAUGAAGAUGAACGUGGAAAAUGGGAUAUUGUCUACGCGUGAAAAAAUCGACAGAGAACGUAUCUGUGGGCAAGCAACAAUAUGUACAAUUUCCUUUAAAAUAAUACUGGAAAAUCCUUUAGCGGUGCAUCGCGGGGAGGUGGAGAUACUUGAUGUGAACGACAAUGCCCCCGCAUUCAGGGGAGGAACGAUCGCCUUACAGAUUGUCGAAACGAUGACACCCGGGGUCGCCUACCCUCUGGAGAGCGCGGAAGACCCGGACGUUGGAAUAAAUACAAUCGCCUCUUACACUAUCAGUUCCAGUGACUACUUUAAUUUAAAGACACAGAGAACGGAUGAUGGAAUUAUAAUUGCUGAGUUGGUGUUAGAGAAACCUCUGGACCGAGAGCUGCACUCGUCCUUUCAGUUGGUUCUGACAGCGACAGAUGGUGGGACCCCUCAGAGAACCGGCACAGCUCAGAUCCUUGUUACUGUAGUGGACAACAACGACAAUCCUCCUGUAUUCAAUCAGAAUAUUUACAGGAGCCACCUCAGAGAAAACACACCCCUUGGUACCCUGGUGGCGCACGUUGAAGCCACUGACCUGGAUGAAGGGUUAAAUGCUGAGCUGACAUAUUCUUUCAGCAAACUAACUUCACAAAAAGGUCGGGAUUUGUUCAGCUUGGACCCCGACAGCGGGGAAAUUCGAACUGAAGGGGUUAUAGACUUUGAGGAAGCAAAAGGCUAUUCACUCAAUGUUCAAGCUGUUGACCACGGUUCUCCCGCCGCUACAGGGCAUGCGAAAGUGUUAGUCAAGAUAAUUGACGAAAACGACAAUGCACCCGAGGUAAAAGUGAUGUCUACCACGAACACAGUUCCGGAAAAUGCUUCGCCAGGAACUUUAAUAACAUUGGUCAAUGUUAUAGACGGCGACACUGGAGAAAAUGGGCAGGUUUCCUGCGAGAUUCCAAAGAACAUCCCAUUCAUUCUUCAAACGUCGUCGAUGAAUCAUUAUGAGUUGAUUACAAGUGAACCGUUGGAUCGUGAAUCUAUCCCUGUGUAUCAAGUAAACAUUGAAGCCUGGGAUCUGGGAUCGCCUUCACUAUCGACAAAUAAAACUAUUCAGAUUGUGAUUGCUGAUAUUAAUGAUAACGUACCACGAUUUGCUGAGCCAGCCUACAACAUAUAUGUGAUGGAAAACAAUGCUCCGGGGACUUCGAUUUUCGCAGUGACCGCGAUAGAUAGGGAUCUGAACCAGAAUUCAUAUGUUUCUUACUACCUGUUGGGAAAUCGCAUCCAAGACAUGCCACUGUCCACUCAGGUGAGCAUUAACUCAAUGAACGGCACUAUAUAUGCACUGCGCUCUUUUGACUAUGAGAAACUCAAAAACUUCCAGUUCCAUGUUCAAGCCCGUGACGCGGGGGUGCCUCCGCUGAGCAGCAGCACCACGGUGAAUGUGAUCAUCCUGGACCAAAAUGACAACGCACCGGUAAUUGGUUCACCAACAGAACAAAGUGGGUCGGCAGCAGUGGUGAUCCUGCCCCAGUCGGCGGCCCCUGGGUACCUGGUCACGAAGAUAAUGGCAAAUGAUGCAGAUUCAGGUCAGAACGCGAGGCUAUUUUAUCACAUGCAGAGUUCAAGUGAUCCCAGUGUGUUCAACGUUGGGAAAAAUUCUGGCGAAAUCAGAACCGCGCGGAAACUACUGGAGUCCGACGCCACCACACAAACUCUCGUCAUCUUAGUAAAGGAUAAUGGACAGCCGAGUCUCUCCAGUAUGGUUACAAUCCAAGUUACAAUUCUGGAGAAUAUCACUGAAAGAAUCGUCGAGAGUGAAACUUUGGUGACAAAUCGCGAAUAUUUGUCUGAUCUGAAUCUUCACUUGAUCGUCAUUUUCGGUUGCACGUCUGUGCUCUUUCUCGUGAUCAUCAUUCUGCUGAUCAGCAUCAAAUGUAAACAAGAUGGAAAUAGCAACCAAGAGUAUAAUUCUACCAGUUGUUGCUGCAAACCUGGAAAUUCUGACGAUGCAUUUGCUCGGAGGGCUGCAUUGGAGGAAACGUUACGUUAUCCAGGGACUGGCCGGCUAUCCCGCGUGCCAGAGGCGCAUAAUUACUCGGUCUGCCUGUCUCCAGAAUCGGCCAAAAGCGAUUUUCUCUUCUUGAAGCCUUGCGGAACUCCGAUGUCUGGCCUCAAUCCUAAUAUUGCUUAACGCCGAUAUGUAACAUAAUCCUUGCCAAGUGUUCUCAAGUUCAUGUUCUAGCGGCAGAAUUAGGUCAAUUCGUCCAUCAAGUAUACUCUGCCAUUCAAUUAUGGUUGAUCUAUCUUCACCUCUGAACCCCAUUCUCAUGUUUUCACCAUAUAACCAUAUAACAAUUGCAGCGCGGAAACAGGCCAUCUCGGCCCUACAAGUCCGUGUCGAACAAUUAUUCCCCCUAGUCCCAUCUACCUGCGCUCAUACCAUAACCAUCCAUUCCUUUCCCAUCCAUGUUUUCUUCCCAUAACUUUUCUAAUCAAGAAUUUGUCAUUCUCCACCAUAGAAAUAUCUAUUGACUUGGCCUCCACAGCCGUUUCUGACGUUUCGACUUCCACGGAUUCACCACUCUCUGACUAACGAAAUUAAAACAAAAUCUAAGACUGGGAAUGAUUAUUCGAGAAUUAUGCAAGAAAGUAUCCCCUUUCCAAUGCCUUUUGUUUUCGGUUAAAAUGAGUGGAUGUCAGUAGUAGUAAUGAUCAUAAAUAAAUUAUCUAGUAAAUUGUAUUCACACGUCUGAAGCUUGUUCUGUUCACACUGAGGGUAAAUAUUCGCUCAGGUACAUAACUUGCAAAUCUGUUUCGUCUCUGUGUAUACACUACAACAUAUUUGGCGGGCAGACAAUUUAAGAGACAUGUAGACUGAUUG